AGUUAACCUACACACGAGUGGCUUUUGACAUUAGUGUCGUCACUGGGUAGAGUGUUGAUGCGAUCAAUAACAUUUUAAGAGUGUGUCCUCCCACGCUUGUUAUGUGUACUACUUCAUACCGUCGUGCAGUAGCAACAAUAACAACAACAAUAAAAGUUAUAACGAAAUCGUUUAGUGCUGCAGCUCAUUGCUAGCAGCAAAGAUGUCUGGAGAGGAAUGCGAAUCAGGAAUGGAUUAUUCAGAGGACGAGUGUGGCUACGCGGAUUAUUACAACGACGAGGAUGAUUGCGAAAUGGAGCAACCGGACCCGACGAAGCGAGAUCCAGAAUAUUUCAGCUACGAGUGCCUGAGUGUGGAAGAAGUGGAACGGCAUCUAAACGUCUCAGUUGAAGCAUUAAGUAACAGCUUGCAGAUAACCCCAUCAUUAGCUAAAGUGCUGUUGCAUACUAACCGGUGGUCAGUGCAGGACAUAGUGAAGAAAUUCGGUGACGAAUCUGUGAACCUCCUGGACCGCAAGUCGUCUGCGUCUUCUACAGCGGGGGCGGUGGAUCAGGGACAGAUCCGCACAACCCUACAAGCCAUCCAGUGUCCAGUGUGCCUACUAACGCAGCCGCAUGAUAAAUUUAGCGCCCUUUCGUGCGGUCACAAGUUCUGUAAGGACUGUUGGUCGGUGCACUUUGAGGUGCAAAUACUGCAGGGAGUUUCGACAGGCAUUGGCUGCAUGGCGAAAGACUGUGACGUUCUCGCUCCAGAAGACUUCGUUCUGUCACAGGUCUCACGGCCUGCCACCAGAGAGAGGUACCAGCAGUUCGCCUUCCGGGACUACGUCAAGUCGCACCCCGAGUUCCAGUUCUGCCCCGGGCUCAACUGCCGGGCGGUGGUGCGCGCCAAGGAGCCGCGCGCCAAGCGCGCGCAGUGCUCCAGCUGCGCGGCCGCCUUCUGCUUCCUGUGCGGCGGCGACUACCACGCGCCCACCGACUGCGCCACCAUCCGCCGCUGGCUCACCAAGUGCGCCGACGACAGCGAGACGGCCAACUACAUCAGCGCCCACACCAAGGACUGCCCGCGCUGCCACGUCUGCAUCGAGAAGAACGGCGGCUGCAACCACAUGCAGUGCUACAACUGCAAGCACGACUUCUGCUGGAUGUGCCUCGGCGACUGGAAGUCGCACGGCUCCGACUACUACGAGUGCUCGCGCUACAAGGAGAACCCGGACGCGGCGCAGGAGUCGGCGCUGACGCGCGCCCGCGAGGCGCUCAAGAAGUACCUGCACUACUACGAGCGCUGGGAGAACCACUCCAAGAGCCUCAAGCUGGAGGAGCAGACGCUGCGCAAGAUCCGCCGCCGCAUCGACGACAAGAUCAUGAAGGCGGCGGGCACGUGGAUCGACUGGCAGUACCUGCUGGACGCGGCGGCGCUGCUGGCCAAGUGCCGCUACACGCUGCAGUACACGUACCCGUACGCCUACUACAUGGAGGCGGGCCCGCGCAAGGCGCUCUUCGAGUACCAGCAGGCGCAGCUCGAAGCCGAGAUCGAGAACCUCUCCUGGAAGGUGGAGCGCGCCGAGACGACCGACCGCGGCGACCUCGAGAACCAGAUGGACAUCGCCGAGAAGCGGCGCACCACCCUGCUCAAGGACUUCCUGUAAGGCGCCGCCGUACCCGGGGGAUGAUCACGCGCUGUAGUGGAUUGAGCUGCAGCGGUCUCAGGGAGAGAAGAUUUUAUAGAAGAAACACCACCCACCUGUCUUCACUCGUGGAAUAGUCUUAAUUACGGAGACGACGAUGACGACGGUGAAGAUAUUGUUGACAGUUUGCUGUGCUUCGUAUGGCGCCUGUGAGAGACGGGAUGUGUGGGAAGCACUGAAUGAGAUUGCUGUGGUACUGCAUAACAAAUACUUGUCACAAUGUUGACAGGGGUAGCAGUCUUUUGCUACUAAAGGAGAUAAGUUUCCCAUAAUCAUUUUUUUGGCAGCUGGAAGAUAGUGUGUCUUACCAAAGAAUGUCCACUUGUUACAGCACCGGCAGAUUCACUCACUGUGCACCUACGGAAUGCAUCCUCGGUUUUCAGCCAGUUUCUUUUGCUGUGUUAUUUUUAGUAAGGAUCUCGUCAGACACAGUGUAGUUUCUGUUACAGUUUUGUAUUUUGUUUGCUUAACUAUAAAACCUGAAAAAUGUACAUAAUGUGCUUAUUAGACUGUUUAAUUGCCCGAUUACUAUACUUGCUUUCCUAUCUUAGUGUUUUAUGCUGUACUACCAGUUAGCACUUACUGUUAUUGUGAUGUUUUACCUCUUACACAGUUACUAAGAGAACUGUGCCUUAGGGCAUUUUUUAUACCAUUUUCGUAUCUCUGUGACUGAUGUCGUCCUGGGGAAAAGAAAGCUUUUACACUGUGCCAUGUAUGUAGAUUGUAUGUCUAUUGAAGGGGGUUUAGUCUUUCUUUGGAAAGGAAGAAAGUUUUGAGCUGGUGAAAACUGAUAUGAUGAUGCCAUUUUUUGAAACUGUGUGUUGUAAUCCUAUUCUGCAGCUGGAGCUGUUACUUUUAAUUUAGUGACAAUAAUUUUUUACUAGGGACACUUCUGAAUGCAGAUGGCAAUAUUGCCCUCGAGAAUGUAAUUAGGGUAGCUCUUUGUGAUUACUCACUGGCAGUAGCUUGAAAAAGCAAACGCAUCCACAACGGUAUAGUUUAUCAUUGAUAUUUUCGUAUAAGUGGUAUCGUACAGAAAUAUAAGCUCUGUCAUACAUUACUGGACAUGAGGUUUGCCUGUUAUGCGAAACACUGUUUUUUCCUAAGACCUCUACACCCAUCGUAGGUGAGUUUUGUGUGUUCAUAUCUGUGAGACGUGAACAUAUUUUAAGUGAUGACUAAUCUAUGAACAUUUGUUUUGCAUAACAGGCAGUCCAAAUGAUGAAUAUGCAUUUUACAUAUUGUUAUUUUCGUCGUCGUGGUCUUUAUUAUGAAGACUGGUUCGAUGCAGCUCUCCGUGCUACUCUAUCCUGUGCAAGCAUUUCACCUCUGAAUAAAUACUAACAACCUUCAUCCUUCUGAAUCCGCAUACUGUAUUCAUCUUUUGGUCUCCCUCUACAAUUUUUAGCCCCCACUCUUGCCUCCAGUACUAAAUUGGUGAUUUCUUGAUGUCCCAGAAAGUGUCCUACCAUACAGUCCCUACAUCUAGUCAGGUUGUAUCACAAAUUUCUUUGCUCCCCAGUUUUAUUCAGUACCUCCUCAUUAGUUACAUGAUUGACCCAUCUAAUUUUCGGCUUUCUUCUGUAGCAUCACAUUUCAAAAGCUCCUAUUUUCUUCCUGUCUGAACUGUUUAUUGUCCAUGUUUCACUUCCGUACAAGGCUAUAAUCAACCAGAGGUGUCCGAACUUUUAGCUUGCCAGACCCAGAUUGGGAGAAGAUGAGUAUUUUUGGGCCAGUAACUAACAGUAACCACUGAAGAAAAAGAGAGAGCAUAUUUAAGUAAUUUAGAAUUUAGUAUUAUUCUUCAUUCUAAAAAGUCAAGAGGGAAUUAGUUUUACUAGUUUAUCAAUAUCAGGUUCAUUCAAAGUGGUUGCAAUUACCAGGGUGUUCUCAAGGUGUUCCAUCUGAGAUCUUGAUUCUAUUUUUAUUUUUUGUGUGCUUUACUCUUAAAUAACUGUUCACAAACAUAGAGCUUCCAAACAAAUAAGACAUAUGUAAUGUACAACUCUGAGCGGGUAUGAUUCGCAAAAGUCCAACAAAGGCAUUUGAUCAAAUUUUUCUUUUAGUUGGGUGUCAGACUGCAAUUCGAUAAAGUCCAUCUGCAGAUCUGCUGGCAGUGUUUGUAAUAGGUGUCACAUAAGUACAAAAUAUUUGAUUAUUUUUUUGAAA